AUGGCAGACCGAUUCCCCUCACUAGAAGACUUCUCUGCUGGCCAAACUGAAGUUGUGGAGGCCAACGGCACAGAUGCCGAUGAUUUCCUAGCCCGCGAACGAGCCGUUCUAGGUGACGAUGCAGAGCAAUUCGCUACUCCUCAAGACCACGUCGCUAACACCGACGAUGUAAAUGCUGGCGAUGACGAUUUACUGGGCGGUGCGGAGGAGGCUCCAUCUGGCGCAGCCCCCGAGAUCUCCGGAUUCGAAUCUUCUUUCCCUGCCAUUGAGACACAGAAUGAGCAAGUUGCGCCUGGCGGCAUGAUCACUGGAACCGGCGCUCCUUUCCCGCCCACGGGCUUCUCAAGCUACCAAGCGCCGGAGGAGGAAUCCGAGCCUGUUAGGGAAUGGCGCGAAAGACGAGAUGCGGACAUUGCACGCCGCGCGGAGAUCUCCGAAGAAAAGAAGCAAGCAACUGUUAAGAAGGCUCAAGAAGAUAUCGAUGACUUUUACGUUUCCUAUAACAAUAAGACCGAUAAGCUGCAUGCUCAGACUCGUGCGGAUGCCGAACAAUUCCUCGCCAAUCGCGAAGACACUUCUUCCGGAGGUACCAGCUGGGAUCGCAUCGCAAAACUUGUUGAUGUCUCUGGAAAGGGCGCCAAGGGUGGUGCGAACGGAUCUGGCAAGGAGCGCUUCCGUCAGCUGUUGGUUGAUCUGAAGAAGGAUGAGAAUGCCCCCGGUGCCAGUGGCAUCUAG